AACGGUCCAUAGUCUCUCUCAUUUCUCACUUAAAUCCCCUACCCUCUUCCUCUCCCUCUCUCUCUCUCUCUAGUUUCACUAAGAAUUAGCAGAGACAAAGCAAAGCAGAGAGCCAUGUACAGAGCCUCUCCUCUCUUCCUUCUCCUCACUCUCUUCCUCACCUUCUCAUCUCUCCCAAACCCAUCAACGGCAGCCACCGAUACCUUCGUCUACGGUGGUUGUUCUCAGCUGAGAUACAACCCAGGCUCACCUUUCGAGUCCAACCUCAACUCGCUUCUCACCUCGCUAGUCAACUCAGCCACCACCACCUCCUUCAACAAAUUCACCAUCUACAGCUCCACCCAACAAGAUGUCGUCUAUGGUCUGUACCAAUGCCAAGGAGAUCUCUCCCUACCCGACUGUGGCACCUGUGUUGAACGCGCAGUGAGUCAACUCGGCAUCGUCUGCUCCAGCUCCACCGGUGGCGCCGUACAGUUACAAGGCUGCUUCGUAAAGUACGAUAACACAUCUAUCUUAGGUGUGGAAGAUAAGACGGUGGUGGUGAAGAAGUGUGGACCGCCGGUCGAUUAUCAAUCGGACGUGGUAAGCCGGAGUGAUGCGGUCUUGAAUGGUCUGGCCAGUGAGGGUGGGUAUUUCCGGGUUGGUGGGUCUGGGGAAGUGCAAGGUGUGGCUCAGUGUGUCGGUGAUCUGAGUGGCAACCAGUGUCAGGAUUGUUUGUCUUCUGCGAUCGGACGGCUGAGGAGCGAGUGUGGUGCGGCGGCGUAUGGUGAUAUGUAUUUGGCUAAGUGUUAUGUGCGGUAUUCUACCACUGGAGGUCAUUCUCAAGGGAGUAGUGGUAGUAGUUCUUCUUCUGAUCAUCAAAAUCAAACUUCAAAGACUCUUGCGAUUAUUAUCGGAAUGUUGGCUCUAGUUGCUCUGAUCAUUAUUUUUGUUUCUUUCAUAAGCAGAGCCAUUGAAAGGAGAAGUGGAGGUAAAUAAUUAUAGAGUGGAAGCUCCUGUAACUUGCUUUGGGUGGGUCUUUUGGUUCACUUUUGUUCCUUGCUUUUCUACUUUUCUCUGUUGAUCUUUUUGGAGUUUCUUUUGUGUUUCCUUUGAAAGAAAGACUGAUAAAGGAAAGCUGAAAGAAAGGAUAAGUGGAGGCAACUACCUUGGUACAAGUGACAAAAACUUUAGAAAGUUGUGAGGAGGAAAGAUAGGUCUAAGAUUCCACUCUCCCCACCCCACUUAACAAAGUUGUCCUAAAACUGUGUAGAAAGAAAUUGCAAAUUCUUUUGUGAAGAUGCAUAAUAUAUUAUGUGGACUGUCUUUUUAAUUUAGGUCAUUUGAAGGUCUAAUGGACUUCAAAAUGUUAUUAUUUGUUUGUUUUUUAUAAGGAAUUGAAGAUUAAUUAAACCUAGCACUUGUUCCUCA